ACCCAGCCAACAAUCUGGAGCAGCAACUGGCGUCCAGGAACAGGGAGAGCUCGAUGCCCCCUCCCUGUGCCACCCCCCAUGCUGCCCCUGUCCCGCUGGCUGAGAUCUGUGGGUGUCUUCUUGCUGCCAGCCCCCUGCUGGGUGCCCCGGGAGAGGUGGCUGGGUUCCCUACGGCGGCCCUCCCUGGUGCAUGGGUGCCCAGUCCUGGGGGCCUGGCACAGUGCCCGCUGCUGGUGCCAAGCGUGGACAGAGGAGCCUCGAGCAUUUUACUCCUCCCUCAGAAUGAAUGGAGACCAGAAAUUGGAUGUUUAUGCCCAAGAAAGGCAGGAUUUCAUCCAGCACUUCUCCCAGAUUGUCAGGGUGCUGACUGAGGAGGACAUUGGACACCCAGAGACAGGAGAUGCUAUUGCCCGACUCAAGGAGGUCCUGGAGUACAAUGCCAUCGGAGGCAAGUACCAUCGGGGUUUGACAGUGCUGGUAGCGUUCCGGGAGCUGGUGGAGCCCAGGAAGCAGGAUGCUGAUAGUCUCCGGCGGGCCCUGACCGUGGGCUGGUGUGUGGAACUGCUCCAAGCCUUCUUCGUGGUGUCAGACGACAUCAUGGAUUCCUCCCUCACCCGACGGGGCCAGAUCUGCUGGUAUCAGAAGCCAGGCAUAGGUUUGGAUGCAAUCAAUGAUGCUUUCCUUCUGGAAGCAUGUGUCUACCGCCUGCUGAAGUUCUACUGCCGGGAGCAGCCCUAUUAUAUGAACCUGAUCGAGCUCUUCCUGCAGAGUUCUUAUCAGACUGAGAUCGGACAGACCCUGGACCUCAUCACGGCCCCCCAGGGCAAUGUAGAUCUUGGCAGAUUCACUGAAAAGAGGUACAAAUCUAUUGUCAAGUACAAGACGGCUUUCUACUCCUUUUACCUUCCUGUAGCUGCUGCUAUGUAUAUGGCGGGCAUUGACGGGGAGAAGGAGCAUGCCAAUGCCAAGAAGAUCCUGCUGGAGAUGGGAGAGUUCUUUCAGAUUCAGGAUGAUUACCUUGAUCUCUUUGGGGAUCCCAGUGUGACGGGCAAGAUCGGCACUGACAUCCAGGACAACAAGUGCAGCUGGCUGGUGGUUCAGUGUCUGCAACGGGCCUCUCCGGAACAGCGCCAGAUCCUGCAGGAGAACUAUGGGCAGAAGGAGGCCGAGAAGGUGGCCCGGGUAAAGGCACUAUACGAGGAGAUGAAUCUUCGGGCUGUGUUCACGCAGUACGAGGAGCACAGUUACAGCCGCAUUAUGGGUCUCAUUGAGCAGUAUGCUGCGCCCCUGCCCCCAGCCAUCUUCCUGGGGCUAGCAAACAAGAUCUACAAGCGGAAAAAGUGACUUAGAGACUGUGAAGGUGGAGAGGGGAGGCUCUCAAUAAAUUGUUGUCUAACCUGUG